UAAGCUCCCUUCAGUCAAGACACCAGAUGGGACGAGUGUCGGGCUGAUAAGCUGAGAGGAGAUUUACUGGGUUUCAGAGGAAGAAGGCAAGUUGGGCGACUUUGUGCAGGUGCAGUAUUAGCGGCGAAGAAGAAGAAGAAGAAGAAGAAGAAGAAGAAGAAGAAGAAGAAGAAGCGGACGUGACGUCAGAGUGCUGCCUCCAAAACAAAACGUAGUGCUGUUUCUUGACUUGCAGCUGCAGGUGUAAAUGUUGGGCAACCGCUGUUCGCCUGCCCUUACGUAACGACAUGUGGAGAGCAGAGCGACUUCCGCCCGUCUAGUUUGUGUCCGAGAACCGCUCCGGGUCAAAGAAAGACUCCCCCGGUCGAGGAGAGGAGGAAAGGGAGCAUGGCCAAGCGGAGAGGAGGUGCGGAGACAGAGGCCGGUACAAAGAGGCUGAAGCCAGUGGCGCAGGCGCGGAGCGGCGGAGCGGAGAAGAAAGAUGCAGGUGAUGUCAUCACAGAGGAAGAGGAGGAGCUCAAGAGGAAGAUCAAACCCAAACCACGUGGCUCCACAAAACGAGCGUCGGGGAACACCUCCGCCACCACAUCUGCAACUGCUGUCAAAACCAGUAAAUACUUCCAGUCGCCAGUGAAGGAGGAGGAGUGUGACAGUGACGAUGACUUUGACAUGGUGACCUCAGCACCACCUGCGGUUACAGUGAGCGCCAAGGAAACCAAGAAAGAAGAAGAAGAAUACGAAGAAGAAGAAGAUGAUGAGGACGAGGAGGAAGAGGAGGAGGAGGAGGACAGCGAGGAAGAUGAGGAUGAUUGGGAGGAAGUGGAAGAGCUUUCUGGGCCGCUGGGUCCAGUUGGACCAUCAGAACCCGUCCUGCCCUCCCAGCCGGUUGAGAUAGAGAUCGAGACUCCAGAAGUCAGGAAAAAGCAGAAGAGGCAGGCCGAGCUUGAGACUUACAUGAGGCGGAUGGUGAACCGAUACAAGAAGGACGUGCUGAUAGACACACACAAGGUCCACCUGCUGUGCCUGAUAGCCAGCGGGAUAUUCCGCGGCCGUCAGUGCAGUGAACCGGACUUGCUGGCCAUCACUCUGUCGCUGUUGCCCACCCACUUCAGCAUGGUCGCCAAGGAGCGCAUCGACCACAACUACCUCACCGGACUGCUCAAAUGGUUCAGUUCAACGUUCACCCUCAACGCCUGUCUUCCCUGUGAGGAGCGUCAGAACCCCCGCACUCUGCUGGAGAGGCGGCUGGCCAGCCUGUCUGCCAGAAACCACCAGGAGAUGACUCAUCUGUUUCUGUUGGUCCUGAGGUCUCUGCAGUUUUUCUGCCGAUUGGUUAUUUCUUUGCAGCCGAUUCCUCUCAAACCCCCUUCAGCCAAGGGCCAAGGGGCUAGAACAUCUACCGGUGCCCCAGGAAAGAGCAACACAAGCCAGCAACCCUCCAAGACCGCCUCUCCUGAGCAGAAGAUCUCUCCUGGCACCAAGAGACCAGCUGGAGGGGCGAAGAUCACGGGAGGCCGAGGGGGAAAGAAAGCAAGGACGAAAGAAAUAAAGGAGGAGUGUGACGAGGUAAAGAAGAAGCCUAAAACAUCGGGAGGGCAGAGACCAAAGAACUCCAAACGUCGCAGUAUCGCCUCCAAAGUCAGCUACAAGGAAGAAAGUGAGAGCGGAGAAGAAAAGGAGGAGGAGCUUAGCGAAGAGGAGGAAUUUCAGGCGACCAGUGAGAAAGAUAGUGAGGUUUCAGAGGGAGGAGCUAAAUCCACAAAGUGGAAGAAGGGGAAACGAAAGAGCAAAGCCAACGCAAACAAGAGAAGGAGUAGUGGAGGAGAAAAACAGAUCAAAGACGAGGAGGGCAAAGAGUGGGAGGAAGAGGAGGAAGAAGAAGGAACCGUACACAACCGAACUAAGCGAAGGAGUGGGAGAAAGAAUAAGGGGCCUGGAGCGGACGAGUGGUUGGAGGUGUUUCUGGUGAAAACGUCAUCCUGGGUCUGCGUAGACGUGGAGCGCGGUGUCGGGAUGCCUCACCUCUGCUCCCAGAAUGCAACAACGCCGAUGACGUACGUGGUGUCUGUGGACGGAGACGGCUUUGUGAAGGACUUGGGAAGGAAGUACGACCCCACCUGGUUGACAUCUUCCAGGAAGAGGCGGGUGGAUGAGGAGUGGUGGGAAGAGACGCUUGGCUCCUUCCUCGGACCCGAGGACGAGAGGGACAAAAAGGAGGAGAAGGAGCUCCAGAACAAACUGCUGAACAAACCCCUGCCCAUCUCAAUAACGGAGUAUAAGAACCACCCGCUGUAUGCCUUAAAGAGACACCUGCUGAAAUAUGAAGCCGUCUACCCAUCAACCGCCACUGUACUGGGAUACUGCCGGGGAGAGCCGGUGUACUCAAGGGAUUGUGUGCAAACGCUCCACUCCAAAGACACUUGGUUGAAAGAGGCACGGACGGUCCGACUAGGAGAGGAACCAUUUAAGAUGGUGAGGGGCUUCUCUAAUCGUUCCCGCAAAGCCAGGAUGGCGUCUGAGCGGAAGGAGGAGAACGACCUGGCUCUGUUUGGGGAAUGGCAGACUGAAGAGUACCAGCCGCCGAUAGCUGUGGAUGGGAAGGUUCCCCGUAACGACUAUGGCAACGUCUACCUGUUUAAGCCCUGUAUGCUACCGGUGGGCUGUAUUCACCUCCAGCUGCCCAACCUGCACCGCGUGGCCAGGAAGCUGAACAUGGACGCCGCCCCUGCGGUCCUGGGCUUCGACUUCCACGCAGGAUACUCGCAUGCUGUGACUGAUGGUUACAUUGUGUGUGAGGAGCAUGAGGAGAUUCUCAGAGCGGCCUGGUUGGAAGAUCAAGAGAUUCAGAAACAGAAGGAGAAAGAGAAAAAAGAAAAAAGGGUGCUCUCCAACUGGACUCUGCUGGUGAAGGGGCUCCUGAUCAGAGAAAGACUGAAGCAGCGCUACGGAAAGAAGAACCACGGACUCGGGAGCCUCGCAGAGACUGGUGGGCUUUCGUCGGAUGAGGAGGAGGUUGAGGCCGGAAACCCUUCAGCCAAGACGGCGUCUGAGACUCUGGCCAUGUCCUGGCCCCAGAACAGACAGGCGGAGGAGGACGGAGGGAGCAUCAGCGGACUGAAGAGGAAGACCACGACAAAACGAGAAAAGAGAGGACAAGAGAAACACUUGUUCCCCUUUGAGAAAGUGUGAUUUCAGGGAGCCAAAAACACACCUAGGUUUAGUUCAAUCAAGGCUAAUUACUCUGUCUGACUGCUCCUGGUAUUUACUUUGGAAGACGGUCACAUUCCUUGCACGCAGUGUGCCUCAGCUCAGACACAUUUUUAAUCAAUUUUUACAAGGUUAGUCAUCCUUGGAACCUUUGGCUGUUACAUUAUGAGAAAGGGAAUGAGAGGAGGAGGAAGAAGUAGUCAACUGAUCUGCAGAGUGAUCGUUUUCUUCCAGUAGUCAUAAUACAUGCAUUAAACCUGCUCUUUCUCCACCAUCACUGUGCUGGUUUGAGCCCGGUGGACAUAGUUUCCCUUUCAGUUCAGUACACAAAACGGCAUAUACAGCUCAUGCCGACUUGAUGUGUGGCAAGUAAACACCAACAACCCUGUGUGCCAACAACACGACAAACAAUACAGGCGAAUACACGAUAAAUAUACAUUUAUUUUCCAUCGCUUGUGGUGCAUCCACUGCCUGCUACUGAUUAAUUUCAUCUAAUUCCAAAAAAAGCCUGUUUCCCCUGUGACAACCAACUGGACCGCAGCCGUUCUUGCUGACUUGACUGUACUCUAUGUAGCUUGACUCAAUGAAAACAGAAACUUGUACUGUUGUUGUCGUCGUUCCAGUGAAAAAUCUCCUGGUUGUCAAGUUUUCAGGAACCAGCCCAAAACAGCUCUGCUACUGUUCACUUUUGAGUUGAUUUGGCUAUUUUGUGGUUGUCGGAUCCACGUAUCUGACAGAUAGGCAAGUGCGUGAGCUAAGAAGCUCUGUCUGUCUCGACUUCUCACAAAUCCUGUACUUCCUUUCUGUCUCUCUUUCCAUUUUAGGCUGCUACAUCCCUAGAGGUUCACGGGUUCCUGCUGUAUUCUGAAUCAGCCCUCACUUUCAGCCUCUCACUCAGCGCUUUCACACUGUUGUCAUGUUUCACACCUUGUGUCUCUGUACGUGUUUUUGUACACAGCAGGCGAUUGCUGUAUUUAAAAUGGUAAACCGUUUUUGUAUGAAAAUAAUUUUUCUAAGAUAUAAUAAUAGUUAUGAGCAAAAAAAACAAAACAACAUUAAAAAUAUUUUGUUGACUG